AAUCGUUAUUUCUCAGCUGAAAGAAACUCCGUUAUUUAUUUUUGUAUGCAGUAAACACUAAAUUGUCCGUAAAUGUUUUCUAUCUUCAAUAAGAGCACGAACACCGCUGGCAAAGAUAACUGUUGCUCAGGUUGCUGAGCUGACCUGUCGAAAACAGCUGAUAAAUUUCCUUUCUAGAAGAGGUGACAUAAUUCAUCGGUAAAAACUUAAACCAUGGAGACCCAAUCUGAAGAAAUGGAUGAACCAUCAAAACUCUUUCACCAAUUGGAAGAUGCUGACCGUCAUGUGAAGAACUGGCUUGAAAUGGUUGAGAAUGGCCAAUCACUCACACCAGCCGUAAGAGCCCUAUGGAAAGAGUGUGUCCCUAAAGUUUUCCAAUUAGAAAAAGGUGAGAAUGAUGUUCCUCACUGGCCUUACAAUAAACACGAGAAGAUUCUCUUUGAACUUCUUGAGCAUUUUAUGUGUGGUGGUGAUGACCUUAAAAGCAUGAUGGAUCGACUUACUUCACCUCCACUAUGUGGUCGGACCCUAAAAAUGGGCGAACCAGCAUAUUCGUGCCGGGAGUGUGGAACAGACCCAACAUGUGUUUUGUGUGCCUUUUGCUUCAAAAAUUCAGUUCAUCAACAUCACAAAUAUAAAAUGCACACCUCGUUGGGAAAUGGGCGCUGUGAUUGUGGUGAUGUUGAAGCAUGGUCCUCAGGACCUUAUUGUGAUACACAUAAAGAGACUAAGAGAAAGCAUGAUUCAGAUAGCAACAUUUUCCCUGAUGGAGUUGCUCAAAGAUCUCGCGCUGUUUUUGAAAUAGUCCAAGCAUACGCUUUUGAGCUUUUAACUCAUAAGCACUCUUUGAGUUUGCCUUCUGACCUUAAGAGAACUGAAGACAGUCAUCUUCAAUUUGAUGUCGAAGACACUUAUUGUGUUGUGCUCUACAACGAUGAAAGUCACACAUUUGAUCAAGUAUUUGAAGCCAUGCAAAGAGUUAUGAAUGAUGUCUAUAGAGAUUUAGUCAAUAGAGUUGAUAGAGAGGGCCGUGCUGUGAUUAAAGUGUGUAGUUUUCAGCAGUGCACUGAAAUGAAAACUGAAGUUGAGCGAUGCACGUCUAGACAGCAUACACAACCGCUUAAAGUACAAGUGUUGCACGCAGAUGUUGUUGCUCAUCAAAUCUUUGCUUUAAAGCUGUUGGACUGGAUGGAAAGUAUUGUGCAGACCUCCUCGGGAUUUCGACGUGAAUUUUCCAAUGUUUUCCUUGAAAGUUCAACAUCAUCAUCAAUCGCUGAAAGAGUGCUAAUGGAAGAUGCUAAUAUGUGGAUUGCAGCUCGUCUAGCUUGGCACCGCUUAAUCAUGGCAGGUUUGCUCAUUGAAUAUGAUAUCAAAAAGUCCUUUUCUAAAAUAUUCACCAGAAGAUAUGGAUGCAUCACCAAGGAGUACAUAAGGGAUGAUCAUGAUCGUCGAGUGUCUGUUUUGUCAUUGUCAGUUCAGUUAUACACUUUACCAACUAUUGCCCAUUAUCUUGUUGCUGAGGAAAGAGCUCUCCUCAUCUUGUGGAACACAAUUGCAUCUGAGUUCAAUUCAAAAGUGAAAGACAACAAUAAGUUUGCUUUUGAACGCCACUCAAUGUCCCUCAUAGGCCGAAGAAUUGAUCCCUUCUUUAGAAUAUUGGAAACAUUUUAUGAUAUCAAGUAUCUCCUUAUUGUUGAACCUAAAGAGUGGACAGAUGAGCUAAGGCUUAAUUUUCUAGCAGGGCUCUCUACAAUGCUGGACCUUAUGGUUCACAUGCAAGAUAUGGAGCCAUUCAAAAGACAAGUUGGGCAGCAUGUAGAGUAUGAACCAGAGUAUGAGACAGGAUUUGCCCUGCACAAAAGUAUGGCACAAAUUUACCCAUUUGUUGUUGAUUGGUGCUCAACUGAUAGAGUUGUUCUUAUCAAAGCAUAUCGGAUGGUUCUAUCCAAAUUGGCUGAAUGCUCUCCUAUGGAUUCACAACCAGUGAGCACUGUCAUUGAAUUGGCUAAUCACAGUGCUACCUGCAUUGUUUAUGAUCCUGCUGUUGAACCAGUGUCCAUCUAUCUACCAUUGAGUAGACUCCUUGCCGGUCUACAUUUAGCACUGGAUAAAUAUGGGUUGCACUUUGAUAGUCCAGAACUUCAACCUGCAAAGCAGCCAAAGCCAACACCUCAUCUUCUUCUUGAACCUGUUAUUCGUUUGCAAGUAAUGAUUGCUCAGGUUUGGGCUGGAAUGUGGCGCCGCAAUGGCUUUUCAAUCUUGACCCAGGUAGCAAAAUAUCGGAGUCCUUCCAACCGUAAUGAGAUGCAAGAUAGAGACAUUUGCAUGAUUCAAAUUUGUGCCUCAUUAAUUGAAAGCAAUGAGUUUCUCAUUAUUCUGCUGCAUAAGUUUAACUUGCUGAAAUGGGCUGAUGCAAAUUUUAUGGAAACUCGUGAUUCAGAGUCUGUUGUAAAUACAACUCGCAUCCUUGAAGAAUUCUUGGGACUCCUCGUCAUAUUAGUAACAGAACGAUACACUCCUGGUGUUGGUAUGGUGACUGAUGAUGACCAAAUGAAAAAAGAAAUAAUCCAGUUAUUGUGUGCUGGACCACUUUCACAUUCAGAGCUUUACAGGGCCUUUCCAUUUGGCCAUAAACAUUUACAAGAGGCUAGAAUAGAAUCAGUUAUUGAUGAAGUUGCUGAUUUCAAAAGACCUAGCAACAAAGUAGGUGUAUAUGAGCUAAAGGAAAAGCAUUAUGCAGACUGCAAUGUAUUUUUCUACCACUUUGAUGCAGAAGACCGCACUCAUGCCGAGGAGAUUUUGAGGAGAAAAAACAAAGAGAAAAAUGGGAUGGAUUGCUGUCCUCCUCCACCUCUACCUCAGUUGUGCCCUCCUUUUACAAUGGUUCUCAACCUACUCCAAUGUGAUGUUAUGUUGCACAUACUGAAAUUAAUCUUGGAGCGUUCAUUGCACAUUGGUGCCCAACAUUCAUCAGAGCUUCAGUUACACAUGGCUCUUCAUCUGAUUGGUCAUGCUCUUCAGGAACAAGAAAAGGAGCCUGAUGGGUUCUUAAAAUUCACAGAACGUGCAAAUAACUGGAAUAUUGAACAAUUGAUGGAAGAUUUGCUGAAUUGUGCCCCUCUAGAAACUCUGAAAGACUUGUUGAAGUGGGUUUUGACAAAAUACAGAUCUGUCAAAGAAGGUUCUUCAUCUUUAGAAGUAGUCACACCAACCCCUCAGACACAGGUACAACAGACAACCGAUAAGGACAAAGAAUGGAGAGCAAAGAUGGCUGCAGAGAAAAGGGCGAGAGUUAUGGCCCAAAUGACUGCCAUGCAAAAGAAUUUUAUGAAAGAAAAUGCUAGUUUAUUUCAAAUGGAAAAAGAUAGUGAGCAAAAUGUUCAAGAAGAAGAUAUGGAUACCAUUGAAAUAAGUGAAAAGCCCCCUGUCGCAAUUGGCCCAAACCAGACACCUGUUCAAGCACAAGUAGAAAACUACAUUUGUAUACUAUGCCAGGAAGAGCAGGCAGUCUCUUGUUCAGGAACAGCUCUGGUAUUAGCUGCUUAUGUUCAGAAGUCAGUUGUUAUGGCAAGGAAGUAUGAUGAAUCUGUGCCACAGCAUGAACUGUUCCUUUCUUCAUACUUAGGACCUGCUCCUUAUGCUAGUACAUGUGGUCAUGUUAUGCACUCCACUUGCUGGAAGCAAUACUAUGAUAAUGUCCAAGCCAAAGAAAGUCGUAGACCUUAUAGAAUCAGGCAGCCUGCAAGUUUUGAUAUUGAACAUAAGGAAUUUCUUUGUCCUCUCUGUAAUUGUCUUAGCAAUACAGUCUUGCCCCUCAUUCCCCAAACUCCAAUUAUCAAUAAUUCUGUCAAAAUGGAGAAGGUACCUGAUACCUCCAUCCGUAAUGUGUCAAUUGGUGACACUUCCAUUUCAUUUAAAUCUUGGCUUAUUGACGUCAAGAAGACACCACAUUUGCCUCAUGAUAAUGAAUCGGAUUGGAAUCAUGCCAUGGAGUUACUAGACACCAUUGAUAUCCCUCCAGCAGCAAAACAACAAGCAGCUCUUUUUUCAACUGUUGAAGAAAUCUUAUCUGGAAACAACACAGCAACAUCAGCUCCGCUUGUAACAGAACCACCAAAACCCUCAAAUGAUGCAGCUCAACCUCAAAGCCAACCAAGGCCAUUGCCGGUGCAGCAGCACUCGGAGGGACAUUCCUCAGACGAGGAUGAUGAAUCUACAUCUCAUUCGGACUCAGAAGUUAAACAUGCUAAAAGACAGCUACUUGAACCAGAUUCAUUCAGUGCACCAUGUAGUAGCACUGGUACCCCUGUCCACAAACUUCCUAAAGUAAAGUUAUCAGAUGACUUGGUCAACAUGAUUUUAAGAUUUGUUGAAAGAAUUGAUGAAAAGUGCUCCACUCGGGAGAUGGAUGGGGAAACAGAAAUGUCUACUCUUCGAGCUUGGCAGUGCUGUGCAUAUACUAUUCAUUCACUUGAAGUUUUGUUGAGAGAUGAAGGAAAACCCUUGUUAGGAAAUCUGUCUUUGCGUCAGAAUGACUGCCUGAAAGGUCUAGUUCGAAUGAUGGCAAUUUUGACAACAGCAUGGUCAAAGCCUAUGUUGCAUAAUACACAUGCACGUAUGAUUUUUAAUCUCUUGUUAAACAUCAAUCCUGAUCAAGGUUGUCUACUUGACUGGGAUAGCUUUGGGGUAAUGGUCCCAUUAGUUUUUCUGAUGUCUAAACAGACAGUUCCCUCAGGUGGAGGAUACGAAAUAUAUGCUUUUAGGCUUGCUCUCUUUAUGGAGAUUAUGAAAGCCCUGAUUUAUAUAUGUCGCCAAGCAUUAAUAAAUGGUAAGAAGAUUGAAGAUGACACAAUGGAAGUUGAUGAAAUGGAUGCUGCAAGUGGAGAAUCUUUUGAAUCAUCAGACGAUUUUUGUCCAGCUUUGCAUGAUUUGUUGAUUUUAUUACAUGAUCAAAUAUGCAUGCCGACUGAAUUGUUACCCAGCCCAAAGACAGUCGCAAAAUUGGUAAAGGAGUAUUGUCAGCCCUUCCUACGAUGCUGCGUUCUCUUUUUCCACUUCCUGACGACAGUCCCAGCAAGGGAUGUUUUAACAACUCAAGGUGGUGACACAUUUGAUAACAUGUGUUCUUAUCUUGGCAUCAGUGAUAGCUGGAGGAAUACCAUUUUUGAUGACACAAUGCAAGCCUUGGUCAUUCAUUGGGCCAAUCAUCCUAGGGUACAAACACUUUUCAGGAAAAGUGGAGAGCUAGAGGUCUUUACAUCACCACUAAAAAUUAAUCGACUUGUGCCACUUCCUGAAGAUUAUAGUGAGCUCCUAUGUUCAGUAUUAGAAUUUUACUGUCAUGAUAGAGUAGAGUCACGGUGCCCAACUAUGUGCCUUGUUUGUGGAGAGAUGUUGUGCUCCCAAACUUCAUGCUGUGUACAUAGACUUGAUGCUGUUCAAGUGGGAUCAUGCACAUAUCACGCAGUGAAGUGUGGAGCAGGAUGUGGUCUUUUUCUACAAGUGAGGAGAUGCCAGGUGCUAGUGCUAGCAUUACCAAAUCGUGGAACUUUCAUGACACCUCCAUAUGUUGAUGAUUAUGGAGAAACUGAUCAAGGUCUUAGAAGAGGAAACCGUCUGCAACUGUCUCCAGAAUUGUACAGAGAACUAGAACAUAUAUGGCUAUCUCAUGGCAUUCGUGAAUAUGUGUCACGUUCCAUGGACAAGGGAGCACCGCAAAUUGCUGGUCAAUGGCAUGAACUUUAAAGAGAACUAUUUUGUCUUUUAUUUAGAGCACAACUCUAACUUAAAAACCAAAUAACUGUUGAUCACAAUACAUUGAAAAAAUAUUGAAAAAAGAACCUUUCGUUGAGUGAUUUGAUAGAUAUUCAUAUUUUUCAACUUGAUUUCACUGUCUUGUUAAUAUAUUUUGAGUUGUUCUGGGUUUUGUUCUGGUUAAUAACCAGUUUUUAAUCCAAUAAUACUCAAUUGGGGUGAAUUUUUCUCUUUUUUAAAAGUAUCUGUAGGCUGAGUUGAUAAGAGAGUGACCUUACCUUGCUGUGCGGUUUGUCAAAUUUCUUAAGAAAUAGCUUGUUUAUUAUAAAUAUUUUAUUGCAUUAUGCAAGGAACUAUUAUGACUGUAAUCAAUCUUGAAAUCCCGUUUGUUAUAAAAGUGAAGGUUUGCAGACUCAAGACUGAGAAAUAUCUGGAAGUGCUAUGGCAUUGACUCUGUGAUUCUGAGUGUAUCUGUACUCUACUGGAUGAUUCUACUUCUAGCAGCUAAGUCAGACUGUGUUUUUGAGGAUCAUGUUUUCUUGACAUCUGGUUUGUUAAGUCCAGAGAACUUAUGUUUUACUGAUAUUAAUAUUACUGUUUGGCUGCUUUACCACUCAUUGUUGUAUUUGGAAUAUGUUUUAAUGCUCAAAAUGUGUGCUUGAUUAAUUAAACUAGCAAUUUUUUAAAACAAUCUAUUAGACAUGUAUUAACUGUGAAUUUUGUAAAUCAAUCUUUAGUUUUCAGUCUACUCUUUGCUUAAAAUCAUUGCCUUGCUCCUGUGUUAUGCGCAAUGCAAACUGAUUUUUGUUUUUAUUAAUAUUGAAACAACGCUGUUCCGAUGUCAGAAGUCAGUUUGCUCUGUGUAGUUGUCAGUUUAAUGUCAAGUUCUUCGAAAGUCACCAUAUUCCCCUGAAUGAAAGACCUCUUUCCCCCACGAAUAUUUGCCUCUGAAAAGGGGGGGAGGGGGUGGUAUUAAGACUAUUUGCCUCCAGCACUUGGGUCCUCAAUAGUAGGGGAGGGGGUCUCACUAUCAGGUGAAUAUGGUACUUUAAUUCGCUUUAAAUGGAGUUAAGCUUAUAAUAUCUUCAUUGUUGAAACAUAUUGCUCACUCAAUCAAUCAUGUAAAAUCUUUGUGUACGGCUCUGAAAGCUAUUUUGUUGUGUUACAAUAUUGAUAAGUAUUUAGCUGGUUUUCUUGUCUAAUGAUUACUGUAAAACUAUGCCUGCUUUUUUUAGUUCUAGAAAUCUAACUAUCUCACAAUUCAUGUUUUGAUACGUAUGUUGUGGUGAAAUAAAUACCCUCUGUAUCCUCUACACAAAAGACUUGCACAUGUAUUGUGUUAGUGACUGGUGGUGUGGCAGCUGUAAUCAAUAGCCAGACUGAUUAAGUGACCUUGUGUGGAGGAUGAGGGGGUUUAUUGUGACUUACCUUCCAUGAUCUGAUGAUGAAUGGAAUGUUGCAAUGUGCACUUUGUUAUUAAAAAAGGAAAGAUUAUACCUAAA